AUGAAUUGCCCCUCGCGCACCGAUGACGAUCUAGAGCAUCCGGGCUGGAACCAGAACCCCCCGACCUUCAGCCCGGACACCACGACCCGCAGUGACUUGAAUGGAAUCGCCAACUCCCGAGUUCAUCGCAAGAGGCCUGGCAACGAUGGUGGUGCAAUAGGCGAUGACACCAUGUCCAUUGACUCUCGCCCGCAAAGUUUGAACGAACCUGAUCUCGCCACCGAGAAGUCCCCGAGCGGCGAGGUGAUCGCGGCCUCGGGGUGCCAACCACCCUCGAUGACCGGCCGAUCACCUCGCCGUCCUUUUAACGACUAUCUUUCAUCAUCCGCUCUUCACUGUGGCCGCAGCCUGGCCAAGUUCGGCCGCUUCAUCGGACCCGGCUUCCUGAUCGCCGUCGCUUACAUCGAUCCGGGAAACUAUGCCACGGACGUUGCGGCCGGUGCGGAGUUCAAGUAUAAACUACUCUUCAUCGUUCUCGUCUCAAACCUAUUUGCCAUCCUCCUACAAUCCCUGUGCAUUAAACUGGGCACUGUGACAGGCCUGAACUUGGCAGAGAACUGUCGUGAACACCUCCCGCGCUGGCUGACUAUCAUCCUGUACAUCUUCGCGGAAGCGGCCAUUAUCGCCACUGAUAUUGCAGAGGUUGUUGGAUCCGCGAUUGCGUUGAAUCUACUUCUGAAGAUUCCACUCCUCUCUCUGAUCAAAGACCAAUCAGUCGGAGAGGUGUUCCGCGGAUAUCUCCCAUCCUCGGCCAUCGUUCAAUCUGAAGGUCUUUAUCAAAGCUGUGGUAUCCUUGGCGCCACGGUUAUGCCCCACUCCCUCUUCCUUGGCAGUGGUGUGGUACAGUCACGCUUGAAGGAAUUCGAUGUCACAGCAGGCUAUGUCGAAUCCACCGUUCCUCUAGGGAGUAGUGAUGGGGAGGUGGAGUACCGCCCUACCCUACAGGCUAUUCGUGGCUGCUUGAAGUACUCAAUUAUUGAGCUGGCACUAUCACUAUUUACAUUCGCUUUGUUCGUGAACAGUGCCAUUCUCAUCGUCGCCGGUGCUUCUCUCUACGAUGUCGCGGGUGGCGCUGAUGCCGAUCUAUUUGGUAUCCACAAGUUACUCUCCUCUUCUAUUUCGCCAGCUGCCGGCCUGGUUUUCGCCCUUGCACUCCUUCUAUCUGGUAUCUCGGCUGGUAUUGUCUGCACGAUGGCUGGCCAGAUGGUUAGUGAAGGCAUGCUAAAGUGGAGUGUUAAACCAUGGGUGCGCAGAAUCAUCACCCGCUCUAUCAGCAUCAUUCCCAGUAUCAUCAUUGCCGCGGCUGUUGGCAGAGAUGGGCUGGACAAGACUCUCACUGCCAGCCAGGUUGUCCUGAGCGUUAUUCUUCCUUUCGUCUCUGCCCCUCUUAUCUGGUUUACUUGCUUUAACCGUUACAUGACUGUGCCCACCGAACGGACCGAGAACGAUGGGGAGGUAUCGGUCGAGCAGGUCUCGAUGCGGAACCACAUUAUUACAUCGGUGAUUGCAGUCCUCGUCUGGCUUAUUAUUGUGGUGAUGAAUGUGGCUCUCCUGGUGUUGGUGGGCAUGGGUAAAGCAUCUUGA